AUGCCGAGCGGAGACGUUCUCGUAGCGGCGCAGCCCGCAAUGUGCAGCAAGGAGGAAAUGCGGGUCUACCGUCGCUGGUUCGCAUUCGUCGACUCAGAUGGCGACGGGCGCAUCACGGGUCCCGACGCCGUUCCCUUCUUCAAGCGCUCCGGCCUCAUGCAGCACGAGCUCAAAGCGAUCUGGGCGGCUGCGGACGACCGUCGCCAGGGCUAUCUGGGCAUGGAGGAGUUUGUGGUGGCGAUGCGGCUGAUCGCCAAGCAGCAGCUGCUGUCGCGCGGAGAGGACAUGCCCGCGCGCCAGCCGUGCUUCCCGGCGCUGAGGGGGCUGGACGAGGAGCUGGCGUCCGAGAGCAUCCUCGCCUGCAUCGCCUCCAUCGAGUCCGACACGCACGAGGAGCCGGAUCCCUCUCUGGCGGCGUCGCUCAUGUCGCUCUUCAAGCCCAAGGCCAAGAAGCCACUCCCCCAGGGCGCCAUAACGUCAGUGGUGGACGGGCUGAGGGGGCUGUAUGAGAGCAAGCUGCGGCCGCUGGAGGAGGCAUACCGCUUCCACGACUUCCACUCGCCCGCCCUCACGGGGAGCGACUUUGAGGCCAAGCCCAUGGUGAUGCUGCUGGGGCAGUACAGCACAGGCAAGACCACCUUCAUCCGCCAUCUGCUCAGCCGCCCCUACCCAGGGUCACACAUCGGACCAGAGCCCACCACCGACCGCUUUGUCGUCGUCAUGAACGGACCGGACGAGCGCAGCAUACCGGGCAACACGGUGGCAGUGAGUGCGGACAUGCCCUUCGCCGGUCUCACCCGCUUCGGCUCCGCCUUCCUCGAGAAGCUCGAAGUCGCUCAGGCCUCCCUGCGCCUCCUCCUCUCCUCAACCCAACCUCUCCGCAACCGCAUCUGCUCGGUGGGCGCCUUGGGAGUCCUGCCACCCAGUGCUCGCUACCCCAAUCCCUGCUGGAUCACACCUGCCUUGUGGCCACACCACAAAUGCCAGCGCUACCUUACCAAUACACCACUACUCUUCCCCACCUCUCACCAGCUGCCGCACCCCCCACUGGAUCACAUGUGCCUUGUGGACACACCCGCUGCCCCACCCCCUGCUGGGGACCACUUAUGUCUGUUUGACACACCGGGCGUGCUGGCACUACCUUACCGUUAUUCUGCUCCUCUCCAUUGUACCCCCCUGAUCUCCCCCUCCCCCCACCAGCUGCCCCACCCCCUGCUGGAUCACAUCUGCCUGGUGGACACCCCGGGCGUGCUGGCGGGGGAGAAGCAGCGCACGCAGCGCAGCUACGACUUCACUGGCGUCACUGAGGUGAGUGGCGUGAUGGGGGGUGGGGAAGAGGGGGUGAGAGGCGGUGGGGAAGAGGGGAUGGUGGUUCGCAUCCAACUCAUUCUGCUGCUCUUCGACCCGCACAAGCUGGACGUGAGCGACGAGUUCAAGCGCGUCAUCACGUCGCUGCACGGCAACAAGGAUAAGAUCCGCCUCGUGCUCAACAAGGCCGACCACGUCAACACGCAGCAGGUGCGAUGCGUUGACCAGGUCAACACGCAGCAGGUGAGAUGCGUUGACCAGGUCAACACGCAGCAGGUGAGAUGCGUUGACCAGGUCAACACGCAGCAGGUGAGAUGCGUUGACCAGCUCAUGCGAGUGUACGGGGCACUCAUGUGGUCACUGGGGAAGGUCAUCAACACUCCUGAAGUCAUGCGCGUGUACAUUGGAUCUUUCUCGGACACAGCUCCUGGCAAGAAGAAGCUUCCUGCAAAGAAGCUACCUGGCAAGAAGAAGCUUCCUGCCCAGAAGCCACGCAAGCAGGCGCUUCAGCUGCGGUCAGCAACGCAGCAAACGACCAUCGGAUGCGAGUCCACAGCUAGCGAAGAGACCAAGGAGACAGCGGUUGCCCCAAACAAGGAGAAGGGAGAAACGGGGAACAAGGAAGCGGAGCGUGAGGCGGAGGCAAGGAACGAGUGUGCACCAGUGGGGGAAGAGGGUGCGAACGGUGCAGGACUUGAGAAAGGAAAUGGGGAGAGCGGAGAGGAGGUUGGAGAGAAGAGCCAAGAGGAGGGAAAAGAGGAGUGCGGCAAUGCAGCAGAGGGGUGCAGAGGAAGCGAGUUGGAAGAGAGCAAGGGCAAGGAGAACGUGGCACCCAGGAGCCAUGGAGAGGGCAAGGCUGCAAGGAGGGGAACGGGAAAGAGUGUGCAGGCAAGGGAUCAGAUUGAAGAUGAGGAGGAGGAAGUGGAAGAAGAAGAGGAGGAGGAGGAGGACGCGGAGGGGCGGCUGGGGCGAGCGCUGUUUGAGAGGGAGAUGAGCGACCUGCUGUCUGACCUGGGGGACCUGCCCCGGAAGAGCUGUGAUCGUAAGAUCAACGAGUUUGUGAAGCGCGCGAGGGCAGCGAGGGUGAACGCGUUCAUCAUCUCCCACCUGCGCGCACAGCUGCCCCUGUUCGGCCGCGCCAAGGCCCGGCAGCGCCUCAUUGAGAACCUGCCUCAGGAGUUUGAGAAGGUGGCCCGGGAGCACCGCCUGGCAGAGGGUGACCUCCCUCCAGUGGCGCUCUUUCAACGCGCGCUGGCAGGGUGUGCGUUUGAGAGCUUUGAGCGACUCAACGUGAAGCUUGUGGAAGAGGUGGACAGGAUGCUUGCAUAUGAUAUUCCACACCUCCUGAAUACAACCGCGUUUGUCUUCCUGCCAUUCUCCUCCUCAAUCCCACUCCACCUCAUCCCACUCCUUCCCACUCCUCUUCCCACUCCCUCCACUCACCCCUGCACCCCACGCGCGCAGGCGCAGGACAUAGUGGUGGGGGGCAAGAACGGCUGGACGUACAAGCUGAGCAACUGGAAGCCCAACCCGCCCGCGCGCGUAGGCGACGUGCUCGUGUUCAAAUGGGUUGGCAAGCACGACGUGUGGCAGAUGAACACUCCCUUGGCGUACCGGACCUGCAACUUCCGGCCCGGCGCGGCUAAGAGGCUGACGGGGCAGGUCACUGGCGGCAAGUACAGGUUUGUGGUGCCGGCCACAGCCAAGGGCAAGACCCUGUACUUCGGGUGUUCCGUGGUGUACCAUUGCGAGGGCAUGAUGAAAGUGGCGAUUCCGGUUCAGGCUUGA